AUGUUGGCCGACGCAGAAGCUAGCCUGGAGGCACGACUUGUCUUCGUCAAGCUUGGCCAUGACUGCUUCCUUCUGUGCCAGAUCACCAUGACGAAGAAUCGAAAUGCACCAGCAGAGUUAAAGGCCCGAGUGCACGAGGGUCUUGUGUGUUCGGGCGUCAUGCUGAUUCGCUUCUGGACAGUUUUGGCCUUUCCUUCGCAUCAGGCCGUAGAGGAGAACCAGGCGCAGCUUGACUACAACGCCUCCGUGGCAAAGCAGGACCAGCUUGCGUAUGAAAUGGAGCUGUGCGUCAUCAAGUUGGCAAAUGCGAACAAGCUGAUCGAUGGUCUAUAG